GUUUUGCUUUUUUCUUUGGGGAUUCCCAAACGCACGAAGGUUGCGAACACAGAAGCCCAGGCUCACAGGCAUCUGUGUGCUCCUCACUUACCACGUUGCAUUUCGGUAUCCACACACAUCGCCCUGGAGUCUUUAACGCCUCUUCAUCGUGCGAAACGCCUCGUGACCUUUCUUUUUUUGCCGAGCAGCAUGCAUCGAGCACCGCCUUCGCUUCUCCGCGGCACCGGCGCGUGCGUCGCUGUGCCGCACCGCUCCCUUACCCGCGGCAUUCCCUACGCGCCGCAGGGCACCAUUCAGGACUUUACCUCGUCUCCCCGACACGUGCAGCUGGCGAAGCUGCAGCACGAUUUGGACAAGGCGGCGGGCCGGCCCCCGACGGGCCUCUACGACGGCCCCACCUUGACCACCCGCGACGGUCCGCAGCCGCUCUUCGCCAAAGGCACCGCCCGCAACCCGCGCUACGGCCCCUCCGUCCGCGGUGGCCCCUCCCCCCCGUUGCCGCACCUGCCGCACUUCAGCGUGCAGUCGGCCGCGAGGGAGCAGAUGCUGCCGCCUCGCUCUGACAACUACCAGCAAGACCUCCGGCGCGACCCCUCGCAGGCGGGGACGCCGGAGCACAUUGUGGCGGCUCGGCAACGCAUCAUGACGAUGCAGAGCGACUCUUUUGGCGAGUCCCCGCGUGGAAUGGUGGCGCCGCCGCCGCCGCUGGACCCCGACGCACCGCGGGAGUAUCGCGCCCCACGCGUUCACCUCGAUGACUCGUGGUGGAUGCUGAUGUGGGCCUUUGUCAUCUUGUUUGUUCUUAUGGCCAAGUUUGGCAAGUAG